AGGGCCUGCCUGGCGACACUCCCCUUCCGCAGCUAUAAGUGCCUCGGCGGGCGCUUCUUCCCAGACUCGCGCCGCCGCCAGACCGUCCAGCCGCGCGCAGCCUUCGCCAUGGAGCAGCUGAGCACAGCCAACACCCGCUUUGCGGUGGACUUGUUCCGCACUUUGAAUAAGGACAAUCCUACUGGAAACAUCUUCAUCUCUCCCUUAAGCAUCUCGUCAGCACUGGCCAUGAUCUUCUUGGGGACCAGAGGCCGUACUGCGGCACAGGUGGCCAAGACUCUUCAUUUCGAUACUGUUGAGGAGAUUCAUUCAAGAUUUCAGAAUCUGAAUGCUGAUAUCAACAAAUGUGGAGCUUCCUAUAUUCUGAAACUUGCUAAUAGGCUAUAUGGAGAGAAAACCUAUAAUUUCCUCCCUGAUUUCUUAGCUUCAACUCAGAAAAUGUAUGGUGCUGAAUUGGCCAGUGUGGAUUUUCAGCAAGCCUCUGAAGAUGCAAGGAAGGAGAUAAAUGAGUGGGUCAAAGGACAGACAGAAGGGAAAAUUCCGGAGCUGUUGGCUGCAGGUGUGGUUGAUAACAUGACUAAACUUGUGCUGGUGAAUGCCAUCUAUUUCAAAGGCAACUGGCAGGAGAAAUUCAUGGAAGAGGCCACGACUAAUGCACCAUUCCGACUGAAUAAGAAAGAUACAAAAACAGUGAAAAUGAUGUAUCAGAAGAAGAAAUUUCCAUACGGCUACAUCAAGGACCUUAAGUGCCGUGUGCUGGAACUGCCUUACCAAGGCAAGGAGCUCAGCAUGAUUAUCCUGCUGCCAGAUGACAUUGAGGACGAGUCCACGGGUUUGAAGAAGAUUGAGGAACAAUUGACUUUGGAAAAACUGCGUGAGUGGACCAAGCCUGAGAAUUUGUAUCUUGUUGACGUCAGUGUCCACCUGCCCAGGUUCAAGCUGGAAGAGAGCUACAACCUCAACUCCCCCCUAGCCCACCUGGGCAUACAGGAUCUCUUUAGCAGUGGCAAAGCUGAUCUGUCUGGCAUGUCAGGGGCCAGAGAUCUUUUCAUAUCAAAAAUUAUCCACAAGUCCUUCGUGGAAGUGAAUGAGGAGGGCACAGAGGCGGCGGCCGCCACAGGAGGCUUUGCUACCGUUGUCAUGCUGGUGCCAGAGGAAAAUUUCAAUGCCGACCAUCCAUUCAUUUUCUUCAUUCGGCACAAUCCCUCAACUAACAUCCUGUUCUUAGGCAGACUUUCUUCCCCUUAGAGACUGUGGAAAUACAAGAAGUCUCUUAAAGCUUAGAGCUUUAUUACCUGCCAGUAUUAUUACCAUUACUUUUAAUGGUGACAAUUUUCAUAUUUCUUUACCAAUAAAACUAAUAUCCCAAAGCAAAUCUUUAAUUUCCUUUGUAAGUUCAGCUCUGUUGGCUAUUUACACCCAUUAACUUUGGCAUGGGUAUCUAUUUUCCUUUUUUAUACUUAAAAAAUCCAGUUAUUGCUUUUGGAUGCAUCAAGUUAAAAAAUAAAAACAAUAAAUCAGAUUUAUAGAUUCUUGACAAUGUAGUAAUCUAUGAAACUGCUAUACUCUCUUGAUAGUGGUGGGAAACAUUAGAAUACUGUAAUUUAUUUUACAGAUAGAUUUUUGGAAGCUAUAAUAGAGAGACACUCUGAUUGUUGAAGGAAGGCUUAAAAACAGAUAUUCAAUUGAAAUGUAGGAGAGCACCCCAGUUAAGGCCCGGGUUAUGAAGACAAACUUGCCUUGGCCAACGUUUCUAACCCUUUGUUCUGCAGGAUUAGUAUUCUAAUACAGCACUCCAGUUUCAAACUAUUAAAUUAAAGAGCGACCUGGUGAUAACCUGCCUUCUCUUUUUUGUUUUCCUUUAUCCUACCUGACAUGUAGUUUGUGUGGGAUCACAUGGUGUUAAAAAGUGGGUGUCCUAUCAUAAAAGAUACCAAGAAAUCACAAAAAGAAAAAUGUGGUAGGAGAGACUGUUAAGCAAAGAGGGUUCACAAAGAUCUCACUGUUAUCCAGCUUCUUGCACAUUUUCUGAUAAAGGCUCUUGCCUUCCAUUGUCUGGUAUAGGUUAUCACGCCAAUGCGAUGGCUUUAUGCAAUGCUGUGGUGGGAGAUGGGGGGUUCUUUGAUUAAUAUAAACCUUUGUCAAAUGUACUCCUUGAAUGGGGCUUGAAAUGCUGCAUUUUCUUGCUCCCACAAAGCUGGUGGGCUGGUUAAUAAAGUUUCCUAAGGUUUUGCAAGCCAGA